AUGGGAGCCUGUGUAUCUAAAGUUAAACAUGUCCAUGUUUCCAAUCCAUUCCACCGACGCGGACAUCAUGGAAAAGAGAAUAAACAUGCCAAAGCUGAUGGUGCACCAGCUGAACCACAGACCAAGACAGCUGAGGUCAAGGCUGAAGAGAACAUCUCAUCAGCACAUGACAUAUCAAUUGGACUUAUCGAUGAUUAUUAUGUAAUUGGAAAGGAACUUGGAAGAGGAGCAUUUUCUGUUGUAAAGGAGGGUACAAAGAAGACUGACAAUGAGAAGGUCGCUCUAAAGUAUAUCGAGAAGAAGUUUGUCAAGAAGAAGCAUAUUGAGCAAUUGAGAAGAGAGAUCGAUAUCAUGAAGAAGGUCAAUCAUCAGAAUGUGCUCGGUCUGAAGGAGAUAUAUGAGAGUGAUACUCACUUGACCUUGGUAAUGGACUUGGUAACUGGAGGAGAACUGUUCUACAAGAUUGUAGAGAGAGGAUCCUUUACAGAGAAGGACGCUCGCAAUGUUGUUAGACAGGUGUGCAAUGGAGUUGAAUACCUUCACUCUCAGGGCAUUGCACAUAGGGAUUUGAAGCCAGAGAACUUGUUGUGCUCGGGCGAUGGCGAGGACAUGAUCAUCAAGAUCGCAGACUUUGGCCUGAGCAAGAUAUUUGGUGGCGGCGAGCAACUUGAGACGAGCUGUGGCACCCCAGACUAUGUGGCGCCCGAGGUGUUGACCGGUGGCAGCUACGACAAUGCCGUGGACAUGUGGAGCAUUGGAGUGAUCACCUAUAUCUUGUUGUGUGGCUUCCCUCCCUUCUAUGCAUCAAGCCAGAACCUCCUGUUUGAGAAGAUCCUGACGGCCGACUACGACUUCCCCGAGCCUGAAUGGACACAUGUAUCCGAGUCUGCCAAGUCAUUCGUGCGUGCACUAAUCGUAAAGGAUCCAGAGCAACGAUACACCGCCAAGAGAUGUCUGGAGGAUCAGUGGAUCACUGGAUCCGAGGUCAAUCAAUCAGACCUUCACAGCCACUUUGCCGAGAAGAUGAAGAAGUACAACGAUCAGCGUAGGAAUGCCCAGCCCAACAACAACUAA